AUGUCUGGGACACAAGAGGAUAUAUAUAAGGAAUAUUUAAAUUAUGACUGGGAUUCUUUUAGAGAAUUUCAAGAUGGAUUACGGGAGAUUUUAGAUAAUUACUUGAAAAACUUACAAGAAAACGACGCUACAAUAUCAUCAAUUUCUCCGCAUGAUAAGCAGCAAUUGAUAGACCAAGCUAAGAGCUUUUUUUACUGCUCAAACUCCGGAAACAUAAUGAAUUUAGAUGAAUUCAAGGCUUGGGAGAAAGAAAAUGGAGAUAAAUAUAGAAGGAGUAAACAAAUCGUGGAAUUGGAGGAACCAGAUCAGAUUCAAUCAAGCAACGACACGGAAAAUAUGGAAUCCACCGCCCCGUACUCUUCGAACUACCAUGAACUAGUUGAAAGGAUUAUUACAGGCAAAGAAAUACCAGGAAUAAAACAAAUUCCUGAUACUGUACUUCCCGAAAAAAGCUCCCAAUCCCAUGCAAAAUUGAGAGUGAAACCCUGGGAGCAGAAGGAAGUGAAUAAAGACAUAUCCUAA